AUGGCACAGCCGACAGACGACAGGUUUGCUAUCCACGAAGCUGCUCGAGAAGGCAAGACGCAAGUGGUCGAGUCUCUCCUGAAUGCAAAUCCUAAACUCGCCUCUCUCCGCGACCAAGAUGACCGCCUUCCUCUGCAUUGGGCCAGUGCCUUUGCCCGCCUAGACAUUGUCAAGCUCCUCGCAUCCACUCGCUCCUUUGACCCAGACGCCGAAGACGGCUCGGGCUGGACACCUCUUGCCAUCGCCGCCUCCCUAAAGGACAAUUCCGGACUGCCCAUCAUCGAGCUUCUUCUCUCUAAAGACGCCGACCCCAAAAUCGCCACGAACACAGGCGUCACACCUCUGCACCUGGCGGUAUCAAAGAAUAACCUCGACGUCUGCAAGACUCUCUUGAAACACGGCGCGAGUGCCAGAGUCAAGGACAAGCGCGGCCAUUUACCCCUCCACCGCGCCGCAGCCGUCGGAUCUGUACCCCUCGUGAAACUUCUGCUCGAGAACAAGUCUCCCAUCAACGCCACCGACAUGGACGGACACACGCCUCUACAUCACGCAAUAAGUGAAGGGCAUGGCCAUGUGGCUGUAGAGCUGUUGAAAGCGGGAGCUGAGACGGACAAGAAGGAUCAUGAAGGGAGGUUGGCGAUCGACUGCGCGCCGGAUGCCAAGGUCAGGUCGCAUAUCUUGAAAGCGGCAGAGAGGGAAGGCAUCGAUCUCGUCUGA